UCGCCCAAGCCACCCGCCGCCGCCGCGCUCCUCCUCGCCCCGCGCCUGCCCCACGAUGGUCCGCGCCAGGCACCAGCCCGGCGGGCUCUGUCUCCUGCUGCUCUUGCUCUGCCAGUUCAUGGAGGACCGCAGCGCCCAGGCUGGGAAUUGCUGGCUCCGCCAAGCCAAGAACGGCCGCUGCCAGGUCCUGUAUAAGACAGAACUGAGCAAAGAAGAGUGUUGCAGCACUGGCCGCCUGAGCACCUCGUGGACCGAGGAGGAUGUGAGCGACAACACUCUCUUCAAGUGGAUGAUUUUCAACGGGGGCGCCCCCAACUGCAUCCCCUGUAAAGAAACGUGUGAGAACGUGGACUGCGGACCUGGGAAAAAAUGCCGAAUGAACAAGAAGAAUAAACCACGUUGUGUCUGUGCCCCAGACUGUUCCAACAUCACCUGGAAGGGCCCAGUGUGUGGGCUGGACGGGAAAACUUACCGCAACGAAUGUGCGCUCCUCAAGGCCAGGUGUAAAGAGCAACCAGAAUUGGAAGUCCAGUACCAGGGCAAAUGUAAAAAGACUUGCCGGGAUGUUUUCUGUCCAGGAAGCUCCACCUGUGUGGUGGACCAGACGAAUAAUGCCUACUGUGUGACCUGUAAUCGCAUUUGCCCCGAGCCCUCCUCUUCGGAACAGUACCUAUGUGGGAAUGACGGAGUGACUUACUCCAGCGCGUGUCACCUGAGAAAGGCCACCUGCUUGCUGGGCAGAUCCAUUGGAUUAGCCUAUGAAGGAAAAUGUAUCAAAGCAAAGUCCUGUGAAGACAUCCAGUGCGGUGGUGGAAAAAAGUGCCUAUGGGAUUUCAAGGUUGGCAGAGGUCGUUGCUCUCUCUGUGAUGAGCUGUGCCCUGACAGUAAGUCAGAUGAGCCAGUCUGUGCCAGUGACAAUGCCACUUACGCCAGCGAGUGUGCCAUGAAGGAAGCCGCCUGCUCCUCGGGCAUGCUGCUGGAAGUGAAGCACUCCGGAUCUUGCAACUCCAUCUCGGAAGAUACGGAGGAAGAGGAGGAGGAGGAAGACCAGGACUACAGCUUUCCUAUCUCUUCCAUUCUAGAGUGGUAAACUCUCCACAGCAUUCAGUGUUGACAUAGCCUUUGGGCAAAACAAAACACAAAAGGAAAAAGAGGAGAAAAAAAAGAGAUAGAAAAGAAAAUAAGAAAAAGAAAAAAAUAUAUUGUCCAUAAUGUAAAUAAGUGUAUGCUUAUUUAUUUGGGGGGAAAAGUAUACAUUAAAGGACCUUUGUCCUAAAGCUCUCUCCCAGGCCACGCUGUUACUCACUGGGCAAGGAGGGACGGUCAUUUUUUUGUGGUCUACUGGAUGAGGCCUAUAGUUGAGACUUGUAGACGUUUAUUUAUACUGUGUCAUGUUUUAUAAUUUAUACAUAAGAUGUCUGGUUGACUGUACACCUUGUUUUUGAAGAAAUUUAUUCGUGAAAGGAAGAGCAGUUGUUAUUUAUUGUGAGGUCUCUUGCUUGUAAAGUAAAACCGUUUUUUUCUCCCCCCUCGUAAACCAUUUAAGUCCAUUCCUUACUGCCCACUCACUCAUCUGUCUCCUGUCACUCCCCUGUUGUUAGAAUCUUUCCCACUUUUUAACAAAUUCGCAUGUCAGUUUCUGUCAUGUUUAUUUAUUGGAUUCCCAGCUGCCUGAUCUGUACAUAUCUGAUCCCUUGGGUUUUGUUUACAAGGAAUCUUGACUGACCAAAAUGCAUUGUAACUCUGCCCCAGAUACAAGGUACAGAGAAAAAGCACUGGAGAGGAAAUGCCAGCUUCCGUUCCCUUGCUCUGAUAAAAGCAUUAUGAGAGGGUGAGAGAGGCAUUAAAAUUCUAGAAAUGUACUUUUAUGAUGUCACAGAUCCAAAGACAUAGAGUGAUGUGGGUGACAGGAGACUAAAGGAAGGCGGAAGUUACCACUUUCAACCUGUCAUUCAGUGUUUCCUUUGAGCUAGUCAGCUGUACCGUUUCAAUUAGUUCUUUUUUUUUUUUCCUUCCAACCAUUGUGUCACUGAAAGUUCCAUCAAAGCUUUAUCAGUUCAAGUUUCUUGCUUUUCAUAAUACUUUUUUCUGAUGCAAUUUUAUAUUUUCAAACAUGGCAAGUUAAAUAUAAAUUCAUUUAAAUAUAUAGUUUUGUACUUUUCUACCAUGUAAAUGUGCAAUGUAUAUAAAAGUUAUAAUGUGUAUUUGUAAAUAAAUGACGAGUGAAAAAAUAAAAAAAAAAUUAAAAGCCAAU